UUUCAUUAUCCACUAAACAGAUACACAGUUAUUAUUUUUUUUUCUAAAUGGAUUUUUGAUGAGAAACUAAUCGUAAAAUAAAAAAAAGAGAAAAAAUACAAUGUCUAUUGCAUCGAACAACUUCACUACAUCAGAAGGUAAACGUAUUGUAGCGGCAAAAAUUGCCAGUGCUGUAUCUAGUGGAGGUAGUCCAGCACGUGUAAUUAAUGCAUUUAUUCAAGUAAAAGAUUAUCAAGGAUUAGAUAAAUACUUGAGUAAACAUAAAGUACCAAUUGAUAUAUUAACUGCAUCAUUACAAAGUGCAUGUAUGCGAUCGGAUAGUGAAGCAGUUGGUACAUUUGCUAAACAUGGUGCUAAUGUCAAUCAUACUGAUCAAUUUGGAACUACUUUAUUACAUUUUGCUAUGCGUGGUGGUGGUGAUGAGAAUGUCAUUAAAGCAUUAGUUGCACAUGGAUUAGAAUAUCAUUCAUGGAGAUCUGCGGGGAUGCCUUUAUUACAUUGGUCAUGUAGCACUGGAUUAAUUAAUUUAGUUGAAUAUUUAGUUGAACAAGGAACGGCAUCAUUACAAGAAGCUGAUGAAAAUGGGCGUCUACCAAUUCAUGUUGCAGCAGUAUUUGGUCAACCAGUUAUUUUAUCUUAUCUUAUACGUGUUUUAUCUAAUCGUCUUCAUCCACUUAAUAUUCCAGCUCAAUUUUUAUCUGCAUUAAAUGAAGACAAUGACUGCUCUUUAGAAGAGGAGGAUGGUGAAGACAGUGUAAAUCAUAAACCAAAUGAGAAUACACUUCAAUCUAAAUUAUCUAUGACUGUAAACGAAUCUCCAGUGAGUUUUAAAACAAGUAUCAUAAAAACUGUUGCAGCUGCAAACUAUCUUGAUAUGAAUCACUGGACACCAUUACAUCAUGCAAGUUGUGAAGAUGCUGUAAAUCAUUAUUAUGAUUGUAUAAAAAUUCUCUUAGAUAAUGGAGCUGAUCCAAUGCUGCCUACUUCACAAGGAAAAACUGCAUUAGAUUUAGCAUAUGCUGCUGGUAGAUCACAAAUGUUAGUUGAUGUAUUGCCAAAGAAACAAUUAAUUGCUCUACUGAUGUUAAUCGAUGAUAUAGUUCCAUUGAAAGUGAGAAAACGAUUGUCUGAAGAGGAAAAACUAAAAGAACGUACAGCUUGUGAACCUUAUGCUGUAAUGAGUGCCAAAAGAGAACCAAGUCCAGGUUUAAAUACUGAUUUUCAUAAGAAAUCUCGUAAAGGUUAUUCAUUUAUUCGACGUUUAGUUGAUAAAAUGGAUACAUCUGAUGUAAACAAGGGUCAGUUGGGAAAUUUCACUAAAACUGUUAAAGUCGAUAGUACAAAUAUAAUGAGUAUAUGGCGUAAGAUUUUAUUAAAUGAUAAUGUGGAAUUAUUAGAAACAUUAAGAGAUUCUCUUGCUUGGCGACAAAAUAAAUCUACUACGUCUACACUUCCUAUGGAUUUUAGUAAAAUCACUGAUAGUAUAACAAUGCCUACAGAUCAUAUUUCAUUGGAUGAUUUUGAAACUGCACAACAAAUUACUUUAAAACAAAUGUCUGAAUUAUUUUCUGAUUGUUAUGAAAAUGGUACUGGUGUUUUUACACAUGUUCAAGGUGCAUUUCAAGAAAAUUUGAAAGCUCAUGAUUUUCGAACAAUUUUACAGUCGAUGAGUGGUUUACUCACUUUCAAAUCAUUAAGUACCAAUAAAAUUGUGAUUCUUCGUCCAAUGCAUAGAUCAUUAUUAUUUUUAGCAAUUAUUUGUGGACGAUUUCGUGUUGUUGAACAAUUAAUUCGAAUGAGACAAUUUGAUGUUUUACCAGCAGCUGUUUUAGUAACGCUUAUUCUUCGUCGACUUCAUAAAGAACCUACUUUUCCUCAACAAAUGUUAGGUGAACUCAUCACUUUUUCUGAUCGAUUAGAAGCAAUCGCUGUUGAUGUACUCAAUUUGGUUUUUCUUAAAGACAAUACUCCAGAAAAAAUGAUAUGCCGCUCAAUGUUGAAUGCACCUUUGCGUACAUUUGGAGGAAUUUCAUUAAUAGAUUUAUGCGCCAAAGCUAAAUGUACCAAUGUAUUAAGUUUAUCCUGUUGUCAAAGGCUUCUAGAUGAACGAUGGCAUGGUGUUUUAAUUUGUUUACCUACAUGGAUGAGAUGGACAUGUAAAUUUUUUCCUGUUGCCGGGUUAUUUUAUUUUGAGUACAGAACGAAAAAAGAACUUAAACGUGCAGAGUUAAUAAGAAAUAUAACUGCUGGUGUCACAUCGGCAGGUAAAGGAAAUACCAACUUACUAGGUGAUUCAAUAAGUCGUACAGAAGGAAAAGCUACUGGUAAUGUUAUAGCUAAAGUUUUCCCAUCUUCACCUCAACUACCUAACAAUCCGUUAACAUCAAAACGCACAAAGGCACAAAGAAGUUUGAAUACUGUCUCUGUUCAUUCAUCUCAAGGCCCUAAACCACAUGUCAGUAUUUACGAACGUAUGUCAAAUCAGUUCGGAUGGACUUCUUCACCAAGACUUCAUUUUGUCACCGGAGUUUAUCUGUCACCUUCAAUGAAAUUUUGUCUUCACUCUUUAUUUCAUUUAUUAUUCUUGAUGUUAUUCUCAAUAGUAUGUGUAUAUAAUCUACAUUUUUCCUGUAGUCGAAUGGAAAUAGUUUCGCUAUCUUAUGUCUUAGGUUAUGGAUUUGAAGAGUUAAGACAAUUGAUACUUGAAGCAUCACGAGAUGGAUUCAGUGAUUAUUUUAGAGAUGGUUGGAAUUGGAUUGAUUUAUUUGCAAUCACUUUAACAUUCAUUGGAUUUUGUACAAGAAUGAAUGUGGCAAAUAAUCAUGGAUCAGAAUUUGAAGAAGCGCAUGAUGUUAUACUUUACACGACUCGUAAUUUGUAUAUGCUUGGUUUAAAUCUUUUUUACAUGAGAACUCUUUACAUUACUUCAAUUUCACCAAUUAUUGGUCCACGACUUAAAAUGAUGGCUGAUAUGUUACGCAAAGAUUUAAUUCCUUUACUGAUUGUAUUUGCAAUAUUCAUUAUCUCUUAUGGUGUAUGGUUUCAAGGAUUAAUCUAUCCAAAUAGUUUUUAUGAAACACAAGGACAACGUCAAAAUAAACAUUUAAUGAAUAUUACUGAAUUAUCACGUCAACGUGAUAUGCAACGACUCGGAGUGCUUACAUCAUUCAGUGAAUUAUUUCGACGUGCUUUCUAUAGUAUCUUUGAAGUGAGUAUUGUUUUAGAAGAGGAGACUUGUGAAGAUAAUCGAUAUUGUGGCAGUGAAUUAGGAUUUAAUACAGUGAUAUUUUUUGUUCUAGUCCUAUAUGUUGGCAUUGUCAAUAUUAUCUUAAUUAAUUUACUCAUUGCAUUGUUCAGUAAUACAGUAUCUAGAAUUGAUCAAAAAUCAACAGCACAUUGGUUAGCUGGACGUUAUAAAAUGGUGAAAGAAUAUAGUGAACGAACACUACUACCACCACCAUUCAAUACAUUAUGCAUAAUUUAUGAAUUGUUUCGUUGUUUCUACAUUGGCACAAGUCAAUGCUUUUGUAAAGAUUUAAAAUUUCCAUUUGGUAGAAAUAAAAAAUGCGCAACUGAAUCAAAUGAUGAUUUAGAAGAGCAAGAAAAUGAAUCACCUGAUGAAGAGAAUAGUAUUUUAAAGAAAAAUUUAACUCGGGAAAAUCAAUUAAUUAAAAUUAAAGAAGAAAAUAAUAGACGGAUUAAAUUAUUAAUGGGUGAAUCUGAUGAUCGUGGUAAAUUAUAUAAACAAGAAAUUGACGCUGUAUUGAAAUUUAUUUUAAUACAAAGUUUUGCAUUACAAAAUAGUCGGCAAACAUUAGGUACAGGAGUUAGUUUUAGAGGACCAUAUACUAGUCAAAAUGCAAAUAGUUCGGAUGGAACAACGAAUAGUGAAAGUAUACAAUUACGUAACAGUCAAAUAGACAGUCGAUUGGAACGUAUUGAAGCGAUAUUGGAAAGAGUUGUUGAUUGUGUCAGUCAAAUUAAACUGCCUGCUGAUACAACAUCAUCUCAAGCUACACCACUUAUGCGGUCACCUGUUCCUAUACGUAUGCCAUCUGUACAGUUGACUCAUGCACCUACGAAUGCACAGUUUACAGCUACGAAAAUUCCAACAUCAAAAGAAUUACUUCAACAGCUUAAUGAACAGUCUCGAAAUGAACCUGAAAGAGAUACGCAUUCUUUGCCCAGAAAACUACCAUCUAUCAAAAUACAAAAAUCAUUUCAAGAUAAUGUAUAGUUUUUAUGCAGUUUAGUAAGAAUUCUUUAAAAAUUCAUGCAAUCAAAAAAGCAACACAAGAGAAAGUGUAUUUCUUCUGUCUAGCUGUAUUUACAAUAGAGAAAAUGCAAAGCUCUAUCAUACUGCAACUAUCAAGAAUCAGUUUCUAGUGCAAUUGUUAUUAUUUCUUUCAAAUAAAAGGUCAGAUUCACUUAGUAAAUCUCUCAAUAUAACAAAAUCGAAAAAAUGCAAGAGUAUUUGUUUUAUUUACAAUAUAAUAAACAGUUUUUUUUAAAAAAAACAACAUUAGAAUUUUUUUAAAAA